AUGUAUAAUAACUCUCCAACGGAGUCGAAAGAUUUGUCGCAUCGACUGGCCAAGGCUAAACAUGCUCUUAUCGAAUCUCCUAUCAGUCCCAUAAGCGUGAAUAUCGCCUCACCACAGAGGAAGCGAGCCAAGAUCAUUCGUUUUACCACGGAUGAUUUUACUUGGCAAUGUUGGCAAUGUCUUAGCGCCUUCUCCAGCAACGUGGAUUUGGACGACCAUCUGAAGGACUGCGACUCUCGUAACGCUGCGGAGGGGGAUGUAAUUCUGCCUAUGGGCGAUUCUUUGCCUGGUUGUCCUUUUUGCCCUCGCGAUGGGUGUCAAGCAGAGUCCAAACCCUACUAUUUUCAUGACUUCAAUGCUCAUGUUGAAAGUCAGCAUCCGGAAGUGGAGGAACUCUCUUGUCCAUAUUGCACUGACAAGAUCCCUUCGUCACGUUUGGAAGACCUCACUUCGCACAUUCUGCUCGAUCAUCAGAUUCAUUGGCGUCCAAGUCCUGCUUCCAUGGUGUAUCAGCGCACUGACGAUGUGGCACACCGCGUGGUAACCUGUCUCGGGUGUGGAUGGUGUACCUUCGUUCUGCGCGCUCAGGAUGCUGUACAACCACCGGCGUCGCUCGCCUCACAUAUGUCACGGUGCACCGGUCGCGGUGCCCGCCUCUCUGUGCCUCGUCUUCCGUCCUAUCUACGUCGGCCCACUCAAGUGCCAACUAGAGCUCUAGUCUCUGCCCUCACAGCCGCCUCCACUAGCGCCAGUCAUGCCUUCGCGGUACGCUUCCCUGGCGUCCGCGGCUAUGUAGCUUCCACCUUCGAAACCGCUGCUACCGACACUGACACUUCUUCCUGGUCCGUCAUAGUAGGUGCGGAAGGCGAUGGCCUCCCCCAAAAGCGACCCAAAUACCAAUCCCCGUUAAAGGUGGCUCCACCGGUUUCUGCUGAUCUCCCACCACAAACAUCGGAAGUCAGUGCCAAUCUGGAGGAAGACGAACUAGAAGCAAAGAAAGAGAACAAAGAAGGGGAAGAAUCAAAGCCAGCUUUGGACGAGGAGAAACUCACUAAUGGGAACGAGCCAACACUAUCACCGCAGCCGGCAACAGAAUCGGAAGCCCUUGUGAAACCGGAGUCACCCUCUCCAAUGGAGCAGUCACAACCAGAGGAACAACAGCAGGAAGUGGAAAAGGUUGAAGAGAAAGAAACUGAGAGUGAGACAAUAAAAACUGAGAGUACAACCAAAGUUGAGGAUGAACAACCAACGCCAACACCGCAGCCACGCAAGCGAGCUACAGCGACAACGCCGAUACCAGCUCCUCUGAGAAAGAAUAUAGUUCCCAAGGGGGUAUUUGACGUGCCUUUGGACUUACCUCCUUCACCGCCUCCAUCUUCUACCACUGCAGCGGAUGGCACCAAAAAGCCGGCCUCGACUCGAGUCUACGUAUGCCCCAUCUGUGGCGAUAACGCACUAUCGAGUCUGCGUGAACGGGAUAAGCAUCUGCAGGUGGAACACACGGGAGAAUUGGUCUUCCCAUGUCAGCUCUGUGGGAUGGCGUAUCCUGUCUACAUCGCCCUGCGUCGUCAUGCCGUACUGAAACAUGCUGCCAACUUCGAUGCAGUACUCUACGGACAGCCUGACAUGGAGCCGGUAGAGUGCCCUUAUUGCGAGCUGGUAGCCUUCACCUCACCCGAGGUACUCCAGCUCCAUUUAGCUAAAAUUCAUCCAGAGCAAUUUGAACAGCAGGCAGUGGUCUCCGCUGUCGCCUCCGCUCUUGCUGCGCCUGACUCUGACUCAGAUGCUGGGGGCGGUGGUCGAGGCGCCGAUAACGAUGAUGAAAACGACAAGGACUGGGAAGUGGAGAAUGGAUCAAAGGGGGGUGGUGUCUCCAGUGCUCCAGCUGCCAGCGCUGCUUCGGUCAUUGCAGCUGCCACUAGGCUUGAAGGUGUCUCCGGAGUGAGGCGGGGCAGGGGAAGAGGUGGACGAAGGGGCCGUUCAAAGUCUCUAGGCGCUCCAAUCUACACGCAGGCAGAUCUUUUGAACGACCCAGACCUAUUGGAAAGUGUGGAGAACUCCCUCCAGAUGCGCAGGUCCUUUACACCGGGACGUCGAGGGCGUGGAAGGGGAAGAGGUCGUGGUAGUGGCGGUGCCAGUGCACCGCGCGGUCGUGGAACAGGGCGUCGUGGACGUCCAAGGGGCUCCUCGCGUGCUUUCGGCAUUCAUACAGCGGCGUCCGCGACAACAGUAGCCACUCUCCACCAGUCUAUAGCGUCGCUAACGCAGCAACAAUUGAACACGUGCACUGUCAUCACUGGCUCGUCUGAACACUCAGUUGAGGGUGUUGCGAUUGCGCCGACCUCAGUGAUGGAUGGAAUGGAACUUCCACCGCCACCAAAUGCGGUUAGUCCACUGGAAGUGAUGCUAGCUCAGGCGUCUCCGGACCACGCCCCGGUAACUUGUCGUCUAUGCGGUCCGGAAGCCCAGGUUGUCCUGGACAAUGCCAAGGAGCUGUACAUUCACAUGGAAUUGGACCACAACCCGGAGUCAUCUUGUGAGCAGUUGGGCUGUCAGGCCUGUGGCCGUAUUUUCUUCGGUCCACAUCAUCGUGGAGAUCUGAUCGGCCACAUUCGCGUGAUGCAUCAAGGGCAAGAAGAGGCAAUGCCUUGUCCUAACCACGCUGCAGAGGGCGGUUGUGGGGCCAAAUUCACUUCCACACGUCUUCGUGAUAGCCAUCUGCUGGUGACAGAUGCUCCUGGCUGGUCGUGUCCACUUCAGUUAGCCGCUGAAAGCCUCCAAGCUGUCACAGAGGUCGCAGAAGCAGGGGGUGCAGCUGCUGAAGCCUUCGACACAAUGGUUUUAGCUACAGAAAUUGCAGCUGAUGCAGUUGGGCAGAUGGUUCUAGCCUACGGUUGUCCGCUCUGUUCAAGAGUAUUUGUCGGACAGAAUUGCACCGCGCGGUACCUGGCGCAUCAAUCGCAAUGCGGAGCGGCGGGAAGUGAUGAGGUAGUAAUGAUGGAAUCGGACCAGCCGCACUCGGUGGCGCUGACUGCGGCGGAAAGUACUCAAUAA